AAGAUAAAAUAAAACUUCCACCUGGAUGCUCACUCAUUCAGUCAUUUUUCUCUUCGUCAAGACUCAAGAGUAGUAAACAACACCACAUACCACAUGGUGCAGCGACCAGCGUUCCCUACAGGCUACAGAAAAGUGGUUUUCCAAGGCCUCAUCUUCCUUUUAAAGGAGGCAAUAAGGGAAAAGGUCCAAAAACGGAACAGGUGAGAGAUGACCCAGGUUCAGUGCAGCCCAGCUCACCUUCAUGGCAUGAAUGAGAGAAAAAACUGAACCAAUCUUUUCUUAGUUCCACUUUUCUUCUCUUUCCAUCUGUCAACGGCGGAAAUCAAGCCCUGAACAACCCACACGUAGGUAGCCCUCUUUCAUUCAGUUACGCAGGAUCCAAGACACCCACCACUGCUCCAAACAACCAACCCCAGCAGAAUAAGUAUAACCCACGAUCACACCAAGAUAUUCAUCAAAUAUCAAACCCUAGAGCACCACCAUCAUAUCUCCCUACUCUCAGUGAACAACUAGUCAAGAACCAGUAAUGGAAAACACCCACCACCUCAACUCAACACACCCCAUGAGUUCAAACUUCAAACUCGUCUCUGAGAAGAACUCUAAACUUGAAACCCCAAAACCCCUUUCAAUUUAUAACCUUUGAAGUAUAAACUUGAGCAGAAUCAGCACAAGUAAGGAAUCAUGAUUCCUUCUUGCUUCACCAACCCAGACAGUCUCACCCUCAACGCCCAGAUGCCACAACAUCUGAUAACUUGCGUUUACAAAACUCAACUCUCCGACUCCCCUACUUUUAUAACAUUAACCUGGUUCAAGACUCUCUUUUCCCACUCCUUGACCAUCCAUGCCAACGAUUCCUUCUCCGUCACUCUCUCUCUCCUCCCAUCAGUCUUCCCAUUUUUCCGAAACCGACAUGGCUCAAAGUCCAUCUCCCUCAGUCGCCACCGCCACCACUACCACAGAGUGAAGCUUUACUGGGACUUCACUCGGGCUCAGUACAACAGGAACUCGGCCGAGCCUGAUUCAGGCUUCUACGUCGCUAUUGCAUGCAAUGCCCACAUUGAAUUCAUCCUCGGCGACCUCCGAGACGAUGCACUUCGCCGCACUGGAGCCGUCCAAAUGUGUCCGUCCGCCGAGCCUGCGUUGCUGCAGUCUCGUCGUGAGCACGUAUUCGGGCGUCGGAGUUUUACUACUACAGCUCAGUUCUCGGGGUCGAAACAUGAAAUUGUGAUCGAAUGCGCCGGUGGGGUGUUGAGAGUGAAGGCGGAUGGUCAGAUAGCCUUGGUUGUGAAGAGAUUAGCCUGGAACUUCAGAGGCAACGAGCGAAUUCUGGUUGGAAUGUCGGAAGUCGAAUUCUAUUGGGAUGUUUUCAACUGGGUCACUCGGUCCCGAAGAGAUGGAAGUGGCCAUGGAGUGUUUGUGUUUCAGGUGGGAGAUGGUGGGGUGUGGCCGGAGAUGGCGGGUCCAGAGAAGAAAUUGAUGAGGAAAAGCAUGUCAUCUUCGUCAUCGAUGCUGUCGUUAUCGCCUUCUCCGUCGUGUUCGAGUGUCUUGCAGUGGACAGAGGAGAGCAGUGACGGAAGUAGGAGCUCUUGUUCUUCAUCCACAAGGUCUUCUGGGAGUGGAGGUUUCUCUUUACUGUUGUAUGCAUGGAGGAGUGAUUAAUAUUAUAAGGUUUGAAUUCAUCAAAUGCAUGCCACUUUGCCAAUUA